AUGUCGAUAAGCUACCAAAAUUCGUUUGGCGUUGGAAAAAUUGCAAAAAAAAAACUUGACCGGAAAACAUUUCAGCGCAAUCAAACACGAAUGUAUUGUCGCAUAAUGUGUGAAGAAUCCGACGACACAACCGUAUUAGCGAAAGUGCCGACGUGGAAUCACGAAUGUAAUGUCUUCUACACGUAUCAGCUGCAAAGACUUCGAGACGAUUGGUAUUUAUGGAGGUCUGGUGAUUGUCUGAACACGACGAUCACGUUCGAUGUGCGUUGUGGUUUCGCGAGGGAUGCCCAUACUUAUCCAACAAAAAUGUUGCUGUUACUCUCAACGCUUUGCCUCACGAUGACAUUCGGAGAUGCGCAGCUCGAGAAUGAAGGUCAAGCGUUGGAAAACUUCAAAUGGGCCCGGUGGGUUUCAUUAUGUGAACAAAUGAAUCGAAUGUUUUCAGAGGAACGUACAAUAGACUGCACAUCGCAUGAUCUAAAAGAUCAAUGCAUUCUGGUGGCACCCAACGCUAAAACCCGCCGAGACCCGCUAAAAUACAAAUGUCGCCGUGAAGCAAUGCCUCAGAGUCAAUGGAAUAUGCUAGCGAGGAAUUCGACCACACGUCUCGCAUGUCCAAUUGGUUGUGAACCCGAUGCUGAUUUGUCUGUUCUCGUUAAAACACCACGCAACAACCCUCUAUGCCAGAAAUACUACACAUAUGGCAAAUACCGUGAUUUGAAGGAGGGAGAGUGGUACUUGUGGGUAACGGAACCGUGCCGAACUAACAUUACGACGUGGUGUCGGUUUCGUGACAUUCCACUGUUUGUGCCCAAGCAUAAAUCUCUAUGA